CUCUCAGCACUAUUGCCUCAGAUGCACUGACACAACGGGCCGAUGGUCGACCGACGGACAGUUUGGGGCCGUCGGUGAGCGUCCGUCGGCCUUGUUUUUACGAUUGAAAUGAAUGCAGUCACAGAAACUUUUCCGGAUUUUGCUGCUUUGGUCCAUUGGUGGAAUUAUGGACAAUGAGGUCUUUCAAGCUUGUGGAGAACAUCUAUGCAGACACUGAGAUUUUCAAUCCUGAGGCUCUCAACAACCAUCAUCCAUUGACUGCAUACACAGUGGGAGGGAAGAUACUGGUGACCCCAAAAGUGUGCCUGCUGCAUUGAAGGGACGCAGAAUGGUCCAAGCUACGUAACGCAGGCUGCAUUGAGGUCAGCAUUAACCGGAGAAGAAGCGGUGAAGAUGAUGGUGCAGGUCCUUCUUUGAAGAGAGCAAAGCGAGGGGAGAUUAACUAUGUUCCUGACCACCCAGAUACCCAUACUGAUGACUCGCUGGAGGAGGAAAGACUAGCUCUGGUUGAGGAGUUAAAGAAGAGGAAUAAGAAUGUUGCACUCAUAAAGCAACAGAUGGAGGUGACAUUCUCCCUGAGGCGCAAGGAGAUUGUGGAGCUAGUGCCUAUGGUGUCAGAGGUUCAGGAGCGGUGGCCUGCUCUGUUUUACGAGGCAGAGAUCAGGGAAGAGUUUCUUCGGAUCACCAACAAGGACCUAAUAGACAACUUCGGAGCAGCCAUUAAUCAGCACACUCCUAGGCUCCUUAAACUCUAUCGGGCUAGGCGGACAGCUUUCCCGCCUGAGAUGGAUCAACUCCUUAACAGACUGGAUGAAGAGACAUCUGACAUCACAGUACAUCGACACACUGCAGCCUUGAAGGGCCUCCCCUUGUAUCUCCGUGACAGUCAUGAGAAGCUGUUCAGGAACUGUCUGGCCACUGACCCAGAAGAGGAGCAGACGAAGGGCCUCAUCGUGGGUAUCCUCACUGUGUUGGAGGAUGAUGACAGUUCAGCUCCUGCAACAGUCAUUAAUGUUGCUGUUGUUGUAGAAGAAGACAUCGUCCUCCAGGAUCUCCCUGACCUGCCAACGGCUUUUGCUUACCUCUUUGGGCUGAUCUACGCUUUAAACCUCCAGUACCCAAAAGAACUGAGGUACACAUUCGAAACCAUUCAGAAAGUUUUCAUGGAACUUGGAACUGAUCUCUCUGCAAGGGUCCGAUCCUUCAAAAACAAACUCCUUCAGUGAAUCCACCGAGUUAGCUGAUAAUGUUGGG